AUGACCACCGUCGCUGCCCCCCCGCUCACCGCGCCGCUCGCGCCGCCGCAGAUGGACCAGAUGGCCAGCCAGCGCACAUAUGCUGCCAUUGCGCCCUUGGCCACCUCGACGCCCAGCAAGUCGAGAACACAGGCCGACAAUGUUUCUCCCACCUCCAGCAACGGCUCAUCGCACCCGCGAGGAGACGGGAAACGCUCGCCUAACUCAUCAAGAGGGCCGCAUGCACCCAAGAUCUUCGUGAAGAAAGAGCCCCCCUCCUCCCCCGAACUCCCCAUUUCCCGCCACCGACCGCCGCGCUUAACUCUCUCCGGUAAUACCACUCUCAACACCUCCGGCGCCCUCACCGCACGCCCAUCCGCACCCCUCACCUCCAAGGACAGCGCCGGCCUCGGAAUGCACGAAGUCGGCCUGGCCUGUCUCUCCCCCGGGUUCCAUACCCAGGACCCCACCAUGCGGGAGCAGCUGCAGCGGAGCAUUGAGAUGCGGGAUCGCCAACGACAGAUAAUCGAGCAACGACAGAAGGGCCAAGGGAAGGGUGGCAACGACAGCGAAGGCCUUCGACAGGACGCCAACCCGUUCCGCAAUGGCAUGAAGACGCCCACAUCCUGGCGGCGAAAGGGCCCUCCACCGGGCCUCUCCAUCGCCCCACCGUCCCACAACCAGUUUGCCAACGAACGUGUCAUCCAGUCUGCGCCCCUCAACCAAUCCUUCACUGGUCUGCGCAACGGCCUGCACCCGCCUUCACGGCAGGUUGCCAACCAACCCUCCAACCUCUCCCACACGUCACAUAUCCACCAUGUUGCCGCCACACAGACGAACAAUCGCCUACCACCCAUUUCCUCUGUCUUUCCCGGCGAGCCCCUCGGCGAGCCCCGCAACAUCUAUAACCACAGUCCCGGCCACUCCUCGCACUCGAAUAUCCAGCCGCCGCUACCAUCACCCGGCUUCCCGCACCAGAACAGCCCAGCUCCCACUUCUGGCCGACCCCGCGAGUACAAGUCGGCCGAAGAAGCAGUCCAGUCCAUGUCUGGUGGCCGCGAAGACCUUCUUCCGCGGAUCGUUCACUAUGGCGGCCAUCAACCACCCACGCCGCCUUCCCCAAUGCCGCCAAAGUCGGCUCACCCAAGCAUGCAGCACAGCAUGCAGCACGGCCUCGGCAUGUCCGGCAUGGAUCUACACCGCAGCGGUAGCGGGAGGAGAAGAGGGCGUGACGAGUACGAACGAGACAUGGGAACACCACCCCUCGGUCGUCAAGAGGCAAAGAGGGGUCCGUUUGGCGAACCACGGGACACACCCGAGGAGAACAGGAGAAAGAAGGAGGAAUUCAUCAGCCUAUGCGCGAGAGCUUGGGACCUUUUCCACUCAUGA